AUGCAAACUGACAAACCUACCAACACCGUUCCAGUGGAAGCUGCAACGACUUCGAACUUCAUCCCUAACUCUCUGGUUAUAACUGAUGAUCUCCAAGAGACGACUGAUGAUAACGACAUCCAGCUAUUUGGGCCUGGUGAUUCUUCCUGCUUGUUCCCACUCGUCGAGAAGAACAUGCUGAUGUCUGAUAAGAAGCCAACAUCCUCAGCCAUACCAAGCUGCUUGAAACGACCGAGUGAUUCCACCGACUGCCACAGUCUUCCAUCUCGCCUGGAACCCCGUGUUCGUUUCAACAACGAACUUGACUCUCGGUGGGCGAAUGGCUCUCCAAAGUGCCCAAAACCUUUGUCUCCAAUCCAGCGAUCCAUCAGCAAAUGA